CCCCCCCCCCCCCCGGCGCACGAGCAUCUGGUCCGAUCCGACCUUGGUUUGCUGCGCCGUCGCGCGAGGAUGAGCUACUACGGCCAGCAGCAGGCGCCCGUGACAGCGUACCCGCCGCCGGGAGGCUACGCGGCGACGGCGCCCCCGCUGCCGGCGGGGCAGCCGUACGUGCAGCCGCCGCCGCCGGCGGGGUACCCCGGCAGCUUCACCGGCGCCAUGAUGAACCCGCCGCCGCCGCAGGUGGUGGCGCCGGCCCGGACGCGGAGCCGCGGCGACAAGGCCUUCUGGGAAGGAUGCUGCGCGGCGCUUUGCUGCUGCUGCGUCCUGGACAUGUGCUGCUAGCCCGGCGAAAGCACCAACACAUCGGAGAUUAUGGAAUGCUCUCCAUCUGUAACAGAGUCCGUUUGUAAUGCCUCGAGAAUAACUAGUGUGUGAUACCUGUCACGUUACUCGCGUACCAUCAGCUUUAUUAUGUGGGCAUGAGGUUUGUAUUUCUGAUGCAUGUAUGAAGGUCCAAGGUUAUCGAGA